AGCGCGACUCCAAUGAUCGAUCAAUCGUCAUGUUGUAUAAACAAGACCAAUUCAAGGAUUAUCCCUAUCCCAAAAAGGGCCCCGAUGUCCCCGCCAUCUACGACCGGAAACCGAAUCCGCCGUUGCGCGGUUUCGUGGUAAGCCUGGGCGCCUGGCUACUUGAGAAGGUGUGGUUCAUACCCAGUCUGAUCUGGGUGAAUGCAUUCGGUUCGUUGCGGAAUAUUAAACCAUAUCUCGAUUACACCGAGCCGCGAUAUGAUCCGACGGUGAUCCCGUUGCGCGCGGAGCAGUCCGAAGCCUCCGAUAACGAGAAUCCGUUCGAAGAGCCCUCCUCCUCGUCAUUUCCCUCCGCCGUACCCUCCACCAAAUACUAUUCGGCUGCCGAUUACCAUGCGCUAUAUAAAUCAGGCGAGCUUACGCCGACUGCGGUCGUCGAGGCGCUUUUACCGUUGAUUCGCCGGGAUUUGGAAACGCCCGGGAAACACUCGAUUGCGUUCGCUGAUAGUCAGGUCGAGGCUGUACGGGCUGCCGCGGAGGCGUCGACUCGUCGAUAUCGCGAAAACCGACCGUUGGGAUUGUUCGACGGGGUUCCGACCGCCGUGAAGGAUGAGUUCGACGUUGACGGAUAUCGCACGUUUCUCGGCUCGCUGAACGACUAUACCCCGGAGGCGAAAGCGGAGGGCUCCAUCACGAACUGGUGUGUGAGACAGCUGCAGAAUGCCGGAGCAAUCCUCGUCGGAAAACUCGCCAUGCAUGAAUUCGGACUGGAUACCACCGGCAACAACGUCCAUUAUGGCACGCCUCCCAAUCCUUAUCACCCCCAUUACUACACCGGAGGCAGUUCGUCGGGAUGUGCAUAUGCCGUCAGUACCGGCCUGGUUCCUCUGGCCUUAGGCACCGACGGGGGCGGCAGCGUGCGUAUUCCGUCGUCCUUCUGCUCCGUCGUGGGCCUGAAACCCACGCACAACCGCCUGUCCCAUUACCCCGGCGUCAACUAUGCCAGCACGACCAGUGUCAUCGGGCCUCUCGCCGCCGACAUUCGCACCCUGGCCGAGACUUAUCGUAUCGUGGCUGCCCCUGGACCUGACACCGCCUUCCCGGCGCCUGGACCACUGGUCCUGAACCCAUCGACCCGCGGGAAAAAGUAUCUGGGUAUGUGCGAGACGUGGUUCUCGCGAGCAUCUCCGGAUGUGCAACGUCUUUGCCGCUCCCUUCUUGACAAACUAGUCUCCGUGCAUGACUACACCAUCGUCCCGAUCGAGAUCCCAUUCCCCGUAGAAGGCCAGAACGCCCACGCCAUGACCAUCCUGAACGACGCCGCCGCCGUGCUGACGGAGACGAGCAACUUCUCCGCGGCCAACCGUAUUCUUCUUGCGCUGGGCCGAGCGACCCCGGCGACCGACUUCCUUCUCGCGCAGAAGCUGCGCCAGAUGCUCAUGCAGCAUCUGUCCGCCCUCUGGCAAGAAUUCCCCGGCAUGAUCAUCGUCACGCCCACGGCUGCCUGCACCGGAUGGCGCGUCAAGUCCUCCACCGAACUCAGCUGGGGCUUCAGUGACGGCGACCAAACCCUCAAAGCCAUGGAGUAUGUCUGGUUGGCUAAUUUCACGGGUAUCCCUGCGCUCAGCGUCCCUGCCGGCUACGCGGACCCGGAGAAGGGCGCGCGCGGCGAAGGUAAAGUCCCGGUGGGAUUAAUGGGUAAUGGCGAAUGGGGUAGCGAGCAGGGACUGCUGCAAUGGGGAUUGCAAGUCGAAGAGCUCACGUCGGAGCUGCGAGAACGGCCCCCGAUCUGGGAAGAUGUGAUCCAGCGAGCGCGGGACUUGAACAGCACGACGGACAGCGAAGACGAGCACGAGUAACGUAGAAUGGACGCAUGAGAUAGAUACAUCAAGCCAUAUAAUGCCAUAUCAACGAGAG